CAGUUACAGUCAUUCUGUGGGUAGUGUGAGAGACAGCACAACCAUAGGUAUACAAGCAUUAAAAAACAGUGCUGAUGAAACUCUGCGUCAUUGUCUUGAAGUACCAGAUCAGUCAGGUUUCCUUUCACAGGGCUGGUGACAAACCUGCUCUCCUCCAUGGCAGUCCUACAACACAAUGCUGUCUCUUCUGUAGUUUUACAAGGUGUCACAGUUUGGGAAGAGGAGGGGGACACAGAUCAGGAGGAGGUGCGAUCUUCUCCCCCCUGGUCAGAGGAGCGCUGUGAGGAGCUUUGGGAUCGUGUGGAGGGGGUACGGCACAAGCUCACACGCAUCCUCCACCCGGCCAAACUCACCCCAUACCUGCGGCAGUGCAAGGUCAUCGAUGAACAGGAUGAAGACGAGGUGCUCAACUCCACACAGUACCCACUGCGCAUCAGCAAGGCCGGUCGUUUGCUGGACAUUCUGCGUGGUCAGGGCCAACGAGGACUUCAAGCCUUCAUGGAAUCACUGGAGUUUUACCACCCAGAGCAGUACACACAGCUGACUGGAGAACAGCCCACACAGCGAUGCUCCCUCAUACUGGAUGAGGAAGGUCCAGAGGGUUUGACCCAGUUCCUGCUUCUGGAGGUGCGUAAACUGAGGGAGCAGCUUCGAAACAGCCGUCUGUGUGAGCGACGCCUGUCUCAGCGCUGCCGGAUGGCGGAGGAAGAACGCGGCCGUGCUGAACGUAAAGCUCAGGAGUUACGUCACGACAGACUGCAGCUAGAGAGGCUGCGUCAAGACUGGGAGUCGGCCAGUCGAGAGCUGGGCAAGCUCAAGGACAGACACCUGGAGCAGGCUGUGAAGUACUCCAGGGCCCUGGAGGAACAAGGCAAGGCCUCCAGCCGUGAGAGAGAACUACUGAGGCAGGUAGAGGAACUAAAAUCGAGGUUGACAGAGGAAGAGAAACAAACAAUCGAUACGCCAGGGUAUAAUACGCCAGCAAAAAGUACCAGUUUGUUCUCUAAUGAAGUAAAUGGUUCUGCACCUGCUUUACCAGAAAAGCCGCUACACUGUACUGACGUUCAGAAAGCUGAGAAUAAAGGAACUCAGAUGAGGGACUCGGUUCCUGCCACUGGAGUCAUAGCUCUGAUGGAUAUCCUGCAGCAGGACCGCAGGGAGUCUGCAGAGCAAAGGCAGGAGCUCUGUGAUAUCAUUACCAGAGUGCAGGGGGAGUUACAGAGCACUGAGGAGCACAGGGACAAGCUGGAGUCGCAGUGCAAGCAGCUGCAGCUGAAGGUGAGAACUCUCCAGCUGGACUGGGAGACUGAGCAGAAGAGGAGUGUGUCCUAUUUCAACCAGAUCAUGGAACUGGAGAAGGAGAGAGACCAGGCUCUACACAGUCGAGACAGCCUGCAGCUGGAGUACACUGACUGUCUGCUGGAUAAGAACCGUCUGCGUAAAAGCAUUGCAGAGCUGCAGGCCAACAUGGAGCAGCAGCAGAGGGAGCUGGAGAGAGAGAGGGAGAGGAGCCGGGAGCAAAUGGAGCAGAGCAGCCCCUGUCCCCACUGUUCCCACCUGUCCCUGUGCAGUGAGGAUCAGUGCUACGGCCCCUGCUGUUCCCUCGGCCUGGACAUGCGACCCCCGGCCAAUAGCACCCGCCUGCUGCUACGAAAGAUGCCUUCUAGAGGCCAAGCCAAUGAAAACUCGGAGGAUUCUCGUUCCACCUCAGAGGAGAAUCUCUUUUCGUCAACAGAAGACAAUGAAAAGGAAAUAAAUCGGCUCUCCACGUUCCCCUUUCCUCCUUGUAUGAACUCCAUCAACCGACGAUUCAACACAGAGUUUGACUUGGAAUCCGGGGGCAGUGAUGAGAAUGAUAACAUUACAGGUGAGCAGAGUGAACCAUCUUUGUGGGAUUCCUGGAACUCCCUACACUCUCAUCUCUUCCCCCCUGACCUGGUCAACCUGCCUGCAGUCUCUUCACACCAACCCAAUCCCAGUGUUCCCAGGAUACCCCCCCGCUCCCCGUCUUCAAGCCCCCCCACCUCACCAAAGUACCGAAGAGCCAGUCUAGCUGACGAUAUUACGAUAGUCGGAGGAAAUGUAACAGGGAUCUUUGUCAGCCACGUAAGACCUGGUUCCGCAGCCGAACAAUGCGGACUGAAGGAGGGCAGUGAGCUGCUGGAGCUCGACCGGGUUCUGUUUGGUGGGGGCAGUGUGCUGCUGGCCCAGUGCACUGCUGAGGUAGCCCACUUUUCUCUGCAGUGGUGGACCGAGCCUUCAACACUCAAACACCAGAGUAACCCAGAGGCAUACUCCAAGCUGUGCUCCCAGAUCUCGUCGCCUACUUUUGUGGGUGCUGACUCCUUCUAUGUGCGUGUCAAUCUCAACAUGGAGCCUCACGGUGACCCGCCGUCUCUGGGUGUGUCCUGUGAUGACAUUAUACAUGUCACAGACACAAGGUACAACGGAAAGUACCAUUGGCACUGUUCCCUGGUGGACCCUCGCACAGCCAAGCCCCUGCAGGCAGGAACCAUGCCCAACUACAACAGGGCACAACAGUUGUUACUUGUAAGGCUACGAAAAAUGGCCCUGGAGCAAAAGGACUUAAAGAAGAAGGUGUUCUUGAAGAAAGCACCUGGACGUGUACGAUUGGUCAAGGCAGUAGACCCUGGAUGCCGUGGGAUUGGUUCCACACAGCAGGUCCUUUACACACUGAGCAAACGUCACGAGGAGCACUUGAUCCCGUACAGUGUAGUGCAGCCUGCGCGGGUUCAGACUAAGCGGCCGGUCAUCUUCUCCCCCUCGCUUCUCUCCCGUGGUCUCAUAGAGAGGCUGCUGCAACCAGCAGAGUCUGGUUUGAAGUUCAACACCUGCCCACCAGAGCCCAUCCAGGCUUCAGAGAGACGAGACAAGAGAGUGUUCUUGUUGGAUUCCUGCAGUCCAGAGCAGCCUCUGGGCAUACGGCUCCAGUCAAUACAGGAUGUCAUCAGCCAGGACAAGCACUGCCUGCUGGAGCUGGGGCUGCCCAGUGUUGAGGGCUUAUUAAGACAGGGGAUUUACCCUAUCGUCAUCCAUAUCCACCCUAAGAACAAAAAGCACAAGAAGCUGAGGAAGUUUUUUCCACGGUGUGGAGAGGAAAGCAUAAUGGAGGAGGUGUGCCACGCCGAGGAGCUGCAGCUGGAGACACUGCCCCUGCUUUACUACACCCUGGAGCCCAACACCUGGAGCAGCACCGAUGAGCUGCUGGCAGCCAUACGCAACGCCAUCCACAGCCAGCAGAGUGCAGUAGCAUGGGUCGAACUGGAUAGGCUUCAGUAGAGAUACAGAAUGUGGAUAUUCACAGGGCAAAUUAGAUUCUCAUGUCCUUGAAUAAACAAUGUGGGUGCUGCCAGCAGGCACCAAACCACAGCCAGAUUUCUAUAGAGGAUUAGAUCAUCCUACCACUCUAAGUGAGUGGACCAAGAUCAACUUUGGACCUACUUGGAAUCUCAAAGGAGGCCAAAUUAGGCCUAUGUACAUGCAUGCAAACAGGAAUUUCAUAAUUCUCAUCUAUAUAGCCAAGCUGGACUGGCUAUAAUGACAGAAUAGUGAAACAUUUUUUAAACUAAAACAGAUUUGCACGACACAACAAGGACGGUACAUGUCUGUAGUUAGCUGUUUUUAUCAACAAGAAUUAUGCCAUGUUACUUUAUUUUUUUACCAUUCAGACAGCUUACUUACAGUUUUAGUAUAUAACUGUACUUUCAAAAUGAUGCUUUGAUCACACAAGGUGCUCAUUUUUAAGGCAUUUGGGUCACUGGUCAUUCAGUUAUGUUGUGAGUGAAAAGUUAAGCUGCGAGGACACAAAGAGGGACGUAGGAUAUAGGUGAAGGGGAUUGUGGUAUGUUGUAAGCAGGGAUGUAGUGCAAAUCUGUUUAUCCACAUUUUGUACUUGCAAUAAAGACUGUGUCCUUCUUUUUGGGCUGACAUAAUCUUUAAGACUUAAACCAAUUUUACAGAUCAUACUUAAAAGUAUCAAACUGAUAUAAGUGCAGUUAUAUGAACACAGAUUAAAAGAGGAAAACUAUACAUUUCUGGAUAUUUUUAGGUGGGCUAAUGACUGAAAGUCAGCAGGUGCUGCAUUUUUAUUCACACUACAUUGUACAACAGAAGCUGUAGUUCACUGUGACCAAAUGGUGAUGUUUUUUUACUGCCAAUUCUUUUUUUUUUCUUUGGUAACCAGUUUAAAAAAUAAAUUCAUACAAAAAUAAUUGA